CUUAGUCAGGUAGCUUCACAGAAGCAAUCUACACUAUUGUAUGGAUUUGCGUCAACAUCAGUACCAGGGCAGUUCAACCACAAGUCCACCACAGAUCGACACGAUGGCGCAGCACUCGCCAUCCUCGCCUCACUACAGGCACCAAUCUUCGCUAGAGAACAUCAUUGAACUUCAACCCGAAUUGCCAUUAAGCCCAGAUGCGCGCGACCGGGCCAGGCGCAGAUUCUACCAUAUCGUGGACCAUUUUGAGGCGACCGCUGAGAAUGGGAACAGCAACAGAGACAACGGGGGGAACAACGGGGCCGGCGGCGGCAGCAACAAGCCUCCAUACAAUCGCUCGCGGCUGAUUCGUCUUACAUACGACCAUGCUCGCUCGCCACUCUCACAGGAUAACUUCCUACGAGCUUUCUUUGGCUUCCUCGAAUUAUCUAUGGACGGCAACGAAGCGCUGGACGAGCAGAUUUCGGAGAAGUUUUUUAGCUUUGCAGAUUACCUCUUCUACAACUUCUUCCUACCCCUCAAGGCAUCUGCCAGGAAGACUCCCCAGCCCUCGCCAGCAAGCCAUUCCGCCAUUCAACGAUUGCAGGGAGAACGGGAAUCUGUGGGGACCCCCCAUAGAAUAUCUGCCCUGCGCGCUAGAUGCCUCAUCCGCGACCGCCAUCGUUGCGUCGUGACACGAAGAUUCGACAGCAGCGAAGCACUGAGACGCUUUGCGAGCGCCGGCGAUGACGCCCGAGAUGACGACGGUAACUUGCUCAACGAGGAGCAACCUGGGUCGUUUGAACCCCUGGAAGUCGCCCAUAUCCUGCCGCACUCAUUGACAAGGCUUGGACACGGCGAAGAACUGAAUUCCGCCAAGCAAGCGGCCUUGACUAUUCUCAAUAUGUUCGACCACGGAGUCGGGCACUUGAUCGAAGGCGUCGAGAUUGAUCGGCCGCGCAACGCCUUGACCCUCACCCACUAUAUGCACGACCUGUUUGGCAAUUUUCAUAUAUACUUCGAGCCCGUGCCCGACGCAGAACCUCACACCUAUCGAAUCGAAUCGUUUCUCCGGCCCGCUUUCGUGCGGGGGCUUCUUCCCGUGACCCGGACGCUCUUCCUGACAGACAGCCGCACGAUUGAUCCACCCUCGGCCCGGCUCCUAGCCAUCCACCGUGCUAUUGCGCGCAUCCUCCACCUGUCAGCAGCAGGCGCCUACAUCGAUAACAUCCUCAGAGACAUGGAAGACGCCGAAACACAGGGCGUGCAGGCGGACGGCUCUACAGACCUGGGCCUUCUCGUCCACCUUGGCUUGUGGAGGGACGGCGUAGACUCCUACGUCUACUGACAUGGUCGAUUUUCCUCGGUAAACGCUGGGGGAAGGGACCCGGUCCGGUGCUACUGUUCCUGUCCUGCCUCGUGCAACACCAACACACGGCCUGUCACUGUUCUCCUUCGCCGGCCACAGGCAUUAUCUCAGUCUCCACCGUAACGUCGAAGCGCUAUAGGAAGAAGUCAAGUCCAUUGCACUGCUCCAAGAACUUAGAAUAGAUAGAAUUUAUAACUAAUGUCAACUAAAUACGCCCAGGACCGUAAUUCAACGCCAUAGACCCUAUCUACGUAGUUCUUGAAGUGGUUCAAGUGCUUGUAACUCUCAACGCC